UACGCAGCAGCACCUCUGUUUUUCUUCUCUUUCAGGAGUGACGCAGACGCUGCAUGAUUGUCUGUAGUUACCACUAGCUACGGUUGUUGCUGUUGCCUGGGCCGUGGCUGUCGAAUCCCCGCUGUCAAAUAGGCUAGCGAAGCUACCUUUGUCAUGAUUAUUGCAGCAACCUCUCUCCUGAAAAUAUAGCAAACAUAUUUUGAAAGAUACCUUGAAUUAGCAUCAGAGACGCUGGGCGAAGAGUAGAAGAGUGAGAUGAAAUGACAACGUCAACAUUACAGGUAGAAAAACAUUAGCUAGCUAGCUAACGUUAACUAGCUAACGUAGCUUGCUAACUUGUGUCAACAAAAUCUAUCUGACGUUAUCACCAUUAGUUUACGAGCUACACUAUUAUACAUUCUGUUUAAUAGUUACCAGUCAACUUUUUAUUGAACUGAAUACUGUAGCUACAACAAUAACACCACAUUUUCCACUGUUGUUUGUUUGAACAUUGGCACAAAUAACUGUUACGAGGCCAUGUAUCUAUCUUGUAAUGGAAUGUCUUGCAAACAAAAUAGUUUGCUGGUCAAGUCUAGUUAGUAUUAGUAGUUAUUAGUAAGUCUGUAAAUGUCAGCUAUAAUCUGUUACAGUAUAUGGAUUCCAACCUUAAAGGUAAAUCUACAGUUUAUUUGUUUGGUUUGAUCCAUGGUCUGAACCUGGACUCCCCUAUUUUUUUAUCGUUCAUCCCUUCCUCUCUUCCCUCACACAGAAAGCGAUUGAUCUUGUGACCAAAGCCACAGAGGAGGACAAGAACAAGAACUAUGAGGAGGCCUUGCGCCUUUACCAGCAUGCAGUGGAGUACUUCCUGCAUGCUAUCAAGUGUGAGAGUGAAAUUUAAUAUUUUCCUGGCCCAGUCCAAUUUGUUUAAGUAUGCAGAGUGGAAAUAAGGUUGUUGUUUAUGGAGGCAAAAAGUAAUGUAUUUUGAUCUCUUCUUCCAGAUGAGGCCCACAGUGACAAGGCAAAGGAGAGCAUACGUGGGAAGUGUAUGCAGUACCUAGACCGGGCCGAGAAACUCAAAGAUUUCUUGAAAAACAAAGAAAAAGCAGGGAAGAAGCCUGUCAAGGAAGCACAGAGUAAUGAUAAGUACGUUGACGUCACACAUCUGUUCACACAGACACUGGCCUACAUUAACACAAGCAUACCUAGGAAAUAACACUUUGCUAAACAGACAACAAACACUGUGUAUGCAUGCAUUGCAGACAAUAACAAGGGCCACAUAGUCACCGGCACCAAAUAGUUUGUUUCACAUGUACACAUUCCUUCUAGGAGUGACAGUGACAGUGAGGGUGAAAACCCAGAGAGAAAGAAACUGCAGGAGCAACUGAUGGGUGAGUGUGUCUCCUCUUUCACACACCAGCUGUCUAAACUGUGUGUCAUGUUCAUGAAGGAAAUUAACUUGGAUGCUAAACUGAUCCAUGUCCUGGUACAGGUGCCAUUGUAAUGGAAAAGCCCAAUGUCAGGUGGAACGAUGUAGCUGGACUGGAGGGAGCUAAGGAGGCCCUGAAGGAAGCUGUAAUCCUGCCAAUUAAAUUCCCUCACCUCUUCACAGGUUAGUCUGCCUUUUAUUUCUCACAUAUACAGUGCCUUCGGAAAGUAUUCAGACCCCUUGACUUUUUCCACAUUUUGUUACGUUACAGCCGCUUUCUAAAAUGGAUUGAAUAAAAAAAAAUCUCAGCAAUCUACACACAAUACCCCAUAAUGACAAAGCGAAAACAGUUUUUUUGAAAUGUUUGCAAAUGUAUUAAAAAUUAAAAACAGAAAUACCUUAUUUACAUAAGUAUUCAGAAUCUUUGCUCUGAGACUCGAAAUUGAGCUCAGGUGCAUCCUGUUUCCAUUGAUCAACCUUGAGAUGUUUCUACAACUUGAUUGGAGUCCACCUGUGGUAAAUACAAUUGAUUGGACAUGAUUUGGAAAGGCACACACCUGUCUAUAUAAGGUCCCACGGUUGACAGUGCAUGUCAGAGCAAAAACCAAGCCAUGAGGUCGAGGGAGACAGGAUUGUGUCGAGGCACAGAUCUGGGGAAGGGUACCAAAAAAUGUCUGCAGCAUUGAAGGUCCCCAAGGACACAGUGGCCUCCAUCAUUCUUAAAUGGAAGAAGUUGGGAACCACCAAGACUCGUCCUAGAGCUGGUCGCCCGGCCAAACUGGUCAAUCGGGUGAGAAUGGCCUUGGUCAGGUAGGUGACCAAGAACCCGAUUGUCACUCUGACAGAGCUCUAGAGUUCCUCUGUCAAGAUGGGAGAACCUUCUAGAAGGACAACUAUCUCUGCAGCACUCCACCAAUCAGGCCUUUAUGGUAGAGUGGCCAGACGGAAGCCACUCUUCAGUAAAAGGCACAUGACAGUCCGCUUGGCGUUUGCCAAAAGGCACCUAAAGACUCUCAGACCAUGAGAAACAAGAUUCUCUGGUCUGAUGAAACCAAGAUUGAUCUCUUUGGCCUGAAUGCCAAGCUUCACAUCUGGAGGAAACCUGGCACCAUCCCUACGGUGAAGCAUGGUGGUGGCAGCAUCAUGCUGUGGGGAUGUUUUUCAGCGGCAGGGAUUGGGAGACUAGUCAGGAUCGAGGGAAAGAUGAACGGAGCAAAGUACAGAGAGACCCUUGAUGAAAACCUGCUCCAGAGAGCUCAGGACCUCAGACUGGGGUGAAGGUUCACCGUCCAACAGGACAACGACCCUAAGCACACAGCAAAGACAACGCAGGAGUGGCUUCGGGACAAGUCUCUGAAUGUCACUGAGUGGCCCAGCCAGAGCCCGGACUUGAACCUGAUUGAACAUCUCUGGAGAGACCUGAAAAUAGCUGUGCAGCAACGCUCCCCAUCCAACCCGACAGAGCUUGAGAGGAUCUGCAGAGAUGAAUGGGAGAAACUCUCCAAAUACAGGUGUGCCAAACUUGUAGCGUCAUACCCAAGAAGGCUCGAUGCUGUAAUCGCUGCCAAAGGUGCUUCAAUAAAGUACUGAGUAAAGGGUCUGAAUACUUAUGUAAAUGUUAUAUUUCCGUUUUUUUAUGUUUAAUAAAUUAGCAAAAAUUUCAAACUGUUUUUGCUUUGUCAUUAUUGGGUAUUGUGUGUAGAUUGAGGGGGAAUUUUUUUUAAAUAAAUUUUUGAAUAAAGCUGUAACAAAAUGUGGAAAAAGUCAAGGGGUCUGAAUACUUUCUGAAGGCACUGUAUACUCUCUCGCUAUCUUCUGCAUGGACGUGUCGCCAUAAUGAUAUAAUACUGUAUGUGUUUUCUGUCUAUUUGUUCAUUAUGCUUCAAUGUGUCUCUGGUUGCAGGCAAACGCACUCCAUGGAGAGGGAUUCUUCUCUUUGGACCACCUGGGACAGGAAAGUCUUACCUGGCCAAAGCAGUAGCCACAGAAGCCAACAACUCCACCUUCUUCUCUGUGUCAUCAUCAGACCUCAUGUCCAAGUGGCUUGGAGAGAGUGAGAAGUGAGACAUAAUUUCUAAUUUGUAAUUCUACUGUUUGUGUAAAUCUCAAUUAUGCAUCCACACCUGAUUGGACAAAAAAAUUUUUGUCACUGAUACUUAUGUAUCCUGUUGAAUGUUUGUGCCUAUCUUUCUCUCUCCAUCCGUCAGACUGGUGAAGAACCUGUUUGAUCUUGCCCGCCAGCACAAGCCCUCCAUCAUCUUUAUUGACGAGGUGGACUCGCUCUGUGGCUCCAGGAAUGAGAAUGAGAGUGAGGCAGCCCGGCGGAUUAAGACCGAGUUCCUGGUACAGAUGCAAGGUGAGAAUUUAGUCUACAGUCUACACCCACUCCCCACUUUCUGCCAAGACACCUUUUACACUUCAGAUCAAACAAACACCCCAUCAAAGAGGACUUAACUUAAGUCUACUGCAUCAGUUGACUUGACCUUUCCGAUUCAAUGCGUAACAUGUUCUAUAUAAGCAACAGGCUUACAUAGUCUUCAUUCCUCCUCUCUGAUUGACAGGUGUGGGCAACAACAACGAUGGAAUCCUCACCCUUGGGGCCACUAACAUUCCCUGGGUUCUGGAUGCUGCCAUCCGGAGAAGGUCAGUAGUCAAUAAAGGGACAAGUUGGGAUGGGUCAUACAGUAUGUUUGUUGUUUUAACAGAUUCACAAAAGUAAUGAUAAAGACUGAAUAUUUGAUUAAACUGUCUGUACCUAUUAAUGUAGAUUCCAUUGAGUGGAAGACCAGCCCUGGAUUUUUCUUGAAUUGUUUGUACAACAGUAGAUAAACACCCAAAAUGGGAAAUGUUUUGUGUUGUAUUGUUCAAGCAAAAAUAAUUUCCUAAUGGAUACAAUAGUCAUCAUCAAGCAUUCUCAUCAGAAUUAUGUCACCUUCAGGUUUGAGAAGCGUAUCUACAUCCCUCUCCCAGAGGAGCCCGCCAGGUCCCAGAUGUUCCGGCUGCACCUGGGCAACACACCCCACAGCCUGAGUGACGCAGACCUGCGUCAGCUUGCCAAAAAGACAGAAGGCUACUCCGGGGCUGACAUCAGCGUCAUCGUACGAGAUGCCCUCAUGCAGCCUGUCAGGAAAGUGCAGUCAGCCACACACUUCAAAAAGGUAAUUUAUACCCAUGAUCAAUGUUCCCUCAACAAAAUGGCCGCACUGAGCAAAUUUCAGGUCUGCUGUGUGCAAACUUGAACUUUGUGAAAAUUCUGUGCAACUUCCAGCGCGCGUUUACUAUGAACAUUGAGGCUGUACCUGCUUUAAGUUACAGUUUUAAGAGUGGCGAAGUAGGCUACUGUGGCUAUUUGAUCAUAAUGUAGGCCUAGCAGAGUGGCCUACCAUCAAAAACAAUGGAGUAAAUUCGUCCCAUAAUAGCUGUUCUAUCAUCCAACCUACAGUAGCAGCCAAUGUGUGGUGUUCAAUGUAGGCCUACAUUCAUUGAGACUUUUGGAGAAAAAAAACAUGCAGGGUUUGACAUUAACCUGUUUAUCCACUUGUCCUUCAGACAAGGAGGUGACUGAAAAUGUUAUUGUUUGAUGCAAGCUACCACUUGACAAAAUAAAAUGCAUUAUUAUUCCCAUACCAUUAUUAUAGAGAAUCAGACAAAUUAUGCCACCCUCUUCCUAUUGGCUACUUUGCUUAUUCAAGCCUGACUCAAAAUACAGCACUGCCCCUUUAAGACAAAAAGAAAAGCUCUUUACCUGACUAGCUUUUCAAAGAUGUCUAGAAAUGUAUACGUUUGUGCUCUUGUAGGAAGCAAUCACUUGCCUAUUACUGACUACAAAUGAUCUAUAACUGGACUAAUAACUCACUAACUAGCAAAGGAUAUGAACAAAAUGUGCACACGUGGCUACAUGCAGCUCUCACUUUGAUCUCAAAACAAGCGCAUCUACUCACGACCACAACUGUAAACACAGUCCAGUUUAAAGUAAAACCACAUAUCCAUAUAUGACAAUGGUCUAUUUGCAUAUAGGCCUACUGCAACUCUGAUUGGCUACACAGUCUGUGUAGAGUAUGUGUCGUGCACAACAGAAUCCUACAACAAAAUCUCUUGCAUAGUUUGUUUCGGUAUGUUGCAUUGAAAGUGGCUAAUAUUGCGUUGAUUCGAUCACAAUUCCCACAGUAAAGGGAAACGUUGAUAGUGGUAACUAACAGGGAAAACUCUAGAAAGUUGAGUGAAGUUCAAUCUCAUGCUUCUCUCAAUGGGCUGAUAUUUCUUCUGCGCUCUGCGUGGCAGUCUUGGGCUACUGCGUAUCCGCGCGCAGCUUAGAGGGAACAUUGCCCAUGAUGUAGGAACUCUUUUGCAGUUGACUCUUGUACAACACACUAAAGGUGUAUCUCUUUCUCUACUACUGAGGAGAUUUAAGAUAGUUUGUUUGUUUGUUAUGGUACUCAAGGUGCGAGGGCCAUCCCGUGCCAACAGUCAAUUGAUGGUGGAUGACCUUCUGACCCCGUGUUCACCUGGGGACCCAGCUGCCAUAGAAUUAACCUGGAUGGAUGUGCCUAGCGACAAGCUGCUGGAGCCCAUCGUCUGCAUGGUGAGAAACACACAUCCACAACACUGACACUCACAAUGCUCACUCACACAUACACUACCGUUCAAAAGUUUGGGGUCACUUAGAAAUGUCCUUGUUUUCGAAAGAAAAGCAAAUAUUUUGUCCAUUAAAAUAACAUCAAAUUGAUCAGAAAUACAGUGUAGACAUUGUUAAUGUUGUAAAUGGCUAUUGUAGCUGGAAACGUCUGAUUAUUUUAUGGAAUAUCUACAUAGGCGUACAGAGGCCAAUUAUCAGCAACCAUCAGUCCUGUGUUCCAAUGGCACGUUGUGUUUGCUAAUCCAAGUUUAUCAUUUUAAAAGGCUAAUUGAUCAUUAGAAAACCCUUUUGCAAUUAUAUGUUAGCACAGCUGAAAACUGUUGUGCUGAUUAAAGAAGCAAUAAAACUGGCCUUCUUGAGACUAGUUGAGUAUCUGGAGCAUCAGAAAUUGUGGGUUCGAUUACAGGAUCAAAAUGGCCAGAAACAAAUAACUUUCUUCUGAAACUCGUCAGUCUAUUCUUGUUCUGAGAAAUUAAGGCUAUUCCAUGCAAGAAAUUGCCAAGAAACUGAAGAUCUCGUACAACGCUGUGUACUACUCCCUUCACAGAACAGCGCAAACUGGCUCAAACCAGAAUAGAAAGAGGAGUAGGGAGGCCCCGGUGCACAACUGAGCAAGAGGACAAAUACAUUAGUGUCUAGUUUGAGAACCGGACGCCUCACAGGUCCUCAACUAGCAGCUUCAUUAAAUAGUACCCGCAAAACACCAGUCUCAACGUCAACAGUGAAGAGGCGACUCUGGGAUGCUGACCUAGGCAGAGUUGCAAAGAAAAAGUCCAGUGUCUGUGUUCUUUUGCCCAUCUUAAUCUUUUCUUUUUAUUGGCCAGUCUGAGAUAUGCCUUUUUCUUUGCAACUCUGCCUAGGUCAGCAUCCCGGAGUCGCCUCUUCACUGUUGACGUUGAGACUGGUGUUUUGCGGGUACUAUUUAAUGAAGCUGCUAGUUCUGUGAAGGGAGUAGUACACAGCGUUGUACGAGAUCUUCAGUUUCUUGGCAAUUUCUCGCAUGGAGAAUAGCCUUAAUUUCUCAGAACAAGAAUAGACUGACGAGUUUCAGAAGAAAGUUCUUUGUUUCUGGCCAUUUUGAUCCUAUAAUCGAACCCAUAAUUUCUGAUGCUCCAGAUACUCAACUAGUCUCAAGAAGGCCAGUUUUAUUGCUUCAUUAAUCAGCACAACAGUUUUCAGCUGUGAAUUGCAAAAGGGUUUUCUAAUGAUCAAUUAGCCUUUUAAAAUGAUAAACUUGGAUUAGCAAACACAACGUGCCAUUGGAACACAGGACUGAUGGUUGCUGAUAAUUGGCCUCUGUACGCCUAUGUAGAUAUUCCAUUAAAAUCAGCCGUUUCCAGCUACAAUAGCCAUUUACAACAUUAACAAUGUCUACACUGUAUUUCUGAUCAAUUUGAUAUUUUAAUGGACAAAAAAAUUGCUUUUCUUUCGAAAACAAGGACAUUUCUAAGUGACCCCAAACUUUUGAACGGUAGUGUACAUGCUGUUUUUCAACAUACACAUUCAGGCAUUACACACUCAUAUUUGUACAAAUACUGAACAGUGCUAAUGGUUUGUCCUCUGCCCUCCAGUCUGACAUGCUGCGGUCCCUGUCCACCACGCGUCCCACAGUCAACACUGAGGACUUGUUCAAGGUCAGGAAGUUCACAGAGGACUUUGGACAGGAGGGCUGA